AUGUUACUUUCUGUAAAAAGCUGUACAUUUAAUAUUUUCCAACAUUACGGAAAUGUCAUAAAUAGAAAUAAACUAUCUGAAGUAUAUCAUUCGCGGUUUCUUAACCUCAAUAAUAAUCCAUUUAUAUGUCAAUUAUUUAACAUAAGAAGAAAUUUAUUCGUAACCGAUACCAACAUUGAAAAAUAUUUGGUUCAUCUUAUGAAUACGUAUCAAAGUGAUCAUAAAGGAAAAGGAAGUAUUUCUGAAAUUCUUAAAUUGCACGAAAUACCACGAUUAUUGAAUGAAAAAAUUAAAAUAACUGAAAACAUAAAGAGCUUACAUGAUCUUGGUAAGGAUGAAGAAAUAAAGAAUCUUGUAAAGGAAGAAGAAUUAACAUACACACAACAAUUGUUACAGAUAGAUCAAGAAAUUUUAAAUAUUACUUUAGGAUAUAUAGAUAUAGAACAUUAUAAUAAUGUUAUUAUGGAAAUAGUACCAGGUGUAGGUGGUCAAGAAGCUAUGGUUUUUGCCAAAGAUUUAUUAAAUAUGUACAUAUCCUAUUUUAAACAUUUAGAAUUUAGUUAUGAGAUAAUAGAGAUGCUUGAUAGUGGAAUUGGUGGAUUAAGGAAAGCUGUUUUGUUGAUAUCCAAUAGUAAUGCUUUCAAGAAAUUGAAAUAUGAAAGUGGUAUACAUAGAGUACAAAGAAAUCCAAUAACAGAAAAAUCUAGUCGUUUGCAUACCAGUACAGCUGUUGUAGUAAUUUUACCAGAACCUAAAGAUGUAGAAAUUAAACUGCUAGAUAAAGAUUUGAUAAUAGAAACAAAGAAAGCAUCUGGAGCAGGAGGACAGCAUGUAAAUACUACAGACUCGGCAGUUAGAAUAACUCAUAUACCUACUGGAACAGUUGUAACUUGUCAAUCAGAUAGAUCCCAAAUAAAAAACAAACAGUUAGCAUUAACAAAAUUAAGAACUAUAUUGUAUGAGGAAUACAUUGACGAGCAAGCUUCAUUCAGUAAUAAGAUACGCAAAAAACAAAUGGGAAAAAGAUUGAGAAAUGAAAAAAUAAGAACAUAUAACUACCUUCAAAAUCGUGUUACAGAUCAUAGGAUAACAGAUGGUACAAUCUAUAAUUUAAGAGAAUUCAUGAUAAAUGGGGCAGUUUUGGAAAAAUUCGAGGAUAAACUCUAUAAGGAUUUGCAACUGAAAACUUUGCAGGAAAUUAUAGAAGAAAUAAUGACACAAUCCAAAUAACACUAGUUUUUAACAUUUGCCAUCUUGAUAAGAAACGAUUUUCAUUUUAC